AUAUCUCAUCUUUCCCCCCAAGUUUCUCUUUUUCCCUUGUUGGAAUCCGAUGGGUUGCCGCCGGACAUGGUUUCUGCAGCUGUUGGCGGUGUUCCUCCUGUGGAGCAGUACGUCGGCGGUCUGCCGGAAAAAUAUGGCCCGAGCUCAGGCUAAGAAGGCACUCCGGGUUGCUGCAGGGAAGCCUUCCUUCAAGAUCGCCAUCUUCGCCGACCUCCACUUCGGCGAGAACGCAUGGACCGAUUGGGGCCCCUUACAGGAUGUCCUGUCCACCGGCCUCAUGUCUUCCGUUCUCGAGGAACAAAAGCCAGAUUUCGCGGUGUACUUGGGCGACGUAAUCACGGCGAACAACAUGGCGAUUGCGAACGCCAGCGCUUACUGGGACCAAGCCAUUGCUCCAGCCCGCGACAAGAGAAUACCGUUUGCAACCGUGUUCGGGAACCACGACGACGCCAGAUUCGAGUGGCCGAUGGAGUGGUUCUCCCCGCCGGGAGUCCCUAAAGUCAGCUGCCCGGCGGCGGCGGGAGCCGGCGACUGUAGCUUCAGGGGAACGGGUCGGGUGGAAUUGAUGAGGAAGGAAGUGGAAAGGAACAGGGAGCUGUCGUUUUCGGCAAGCGGUCCGAAUUCCCUGUGGCCGAGCGUGUCCAAUUAUGUGGUGCCGGUGGGUUCUUCCAACGGCAGCGGCUCGCCUGUUUUGCUGAUGUAUUUUCUGGAUUCCGGCGGCGGUUCGUAUCCCGGCGUUAUUUCCGGUGCUCAGUCGGACUGGCUUCAGGCUAAGUUUAGAGAACUGAAUCCCGACGGCAGGAUUCCGGAGAUCAUGUUUUGGCACAUACCAAGCACGGCUUAUGCCAGCGUAGCACCAAAGUCGACGGCGGGAGUGGCGCAACCAUGUGUGGGCUCGAUCAACGCUGAGAGUGUCGCCUCUCAAGACAAAGAAAUCGCCACGAUGGACAUUCUCGUUAAAAGACCUUCUGUCAAGGCUGUGUUUGUAGGGCACAACCAUGGAAUGGACUGGUGUUGCCCCUACCAAAAGUUGUGGUUGUGCUAUGCCAGACAUACUGGCUAUGGCGGGUAUGGCAGUUGGGAUAGAGGCGUUAGGCUGGUGGAGCUCAUCGGGAAGCCAUUUUCUCUCAAAUCGUGGAUCACCAUGGCUAAUGGUGAAUCCCAUAGCGAAAUCAUCCUGGCCUCCUAGUGUAAAUAAGAUGGAUGUUUUGAUGCAUAUGUCUGUGAUGACAUACAUGCCAAUGAUCUUUAUUUUUCACACUCUUAAUUAUGCUUCCAGAACAAUUGUAUACUUUCGUAUUCUAUGUUACUACUCUUAUAUGAAGAUGAAUGAAGUCGUUAUUAAGGACACGAGAUGAAUUCUCAACAUAUAUGGAUUUCCAUUGUUCGUUUCUUUAGCAUGUUAGCUCAUUUCCUUGUUGUUUUAGCCCUGCGUUUGGUUUUCAGAUUUGAGGACAAGUCUAUUCUCAAGGGAUCGAGAUUGUAAUGAAUGGGGGGUUUAGAUGUAUUAGAAUUUAGUUGGGGUAGUAAUUUGGUUGUCAUAUAAAUAGGAGUGUAAAGAUCUGCGGAAGAGAAUCGAAUAACAAACAAACAGAUUUUGCUUCUUUCUCUAUUCUUCUUUUGUUCUUUUCACCUGCUUCUUCUUCCCCAAUCUCACCUUCUCCUCUGCUAAUUCCCUCUAUGUUCUCGAAAUUACAAUUUCAAUUCCAAUUCCUUUCUCUAUAAUCCGUCGGGAAGAUCCAGAGUGUUUCAGAAAAGGAUUCAGAAAGCUCCAAACCUAUCAGGGGUGGCCAUGAAGAGUGUUAUAGCGAACUACAUACUGGUACAUAGGGGGUUUGAUAAUAUUUAAAUCAAUUAGGGAUGGCAAUGGGUCGGGUCGGGGACGGAUAGUGCAUAUCCGUUACCCUACUCGAAGUAGUUCGGGUUUUACCCAUACCCACUUGUGAAACGGGUACAAAAAUAAAACCAUGCCCGUGCCCGUUCGGGUUUCGGGUAUCCACGGUUAUUCAUGGAUAAUAAUUUCUCUUUAUAACUCCAACCAAUAUGUUAACAUUCACACGUAUUCUCACAUUACGUAAGAGGAAAAGUACGACAAUAGUUCACUAGAAUGAAGAAAAUUAACUAAAACAACACAAUUUCAUGAAAAUAUUAUAUUUAUAUGCUAAAUAUAAAAUAUAUUAGGUAAAAAUAAUAAUUAUUUAUAGAGCAAAUACACAUGCAUGCGUAUAAUCGGGCGGGUUCGGGUUGGAUAGUUAGAAACCCAUGCCCACCCAUUACCCGCAAUAUUCGGGUUCGGGUUUUACCCGUACCCACUAAAUGUCCUUCGGGUUCGGGUUUUACCCGUACCCGAUUAAGCCGGAUUCGGGUGGAUAUCCACGGUUACAGAUAUUUUUGCCAUCCCUAAAAUCAAUGCAUUAUGAUCAAUGCAAUUAAAGAAAAUUAUGUACUUUAC